AUGUUGCUCACCCUGUCCAGCCUCCCUUCAGCGCCCAAGGACAGGAUCCUCCAGGCGGACAUGCUCAAGACAAGUCCCGCCCGGGGCUUCUUCCCCGCCCCUCUCCACCAUCACCACCACCAUCCGUAUAUGGACCUAUUCCCUCGGACGCACGGCCUUCUUCACCCCAUCAAGUCGCCCUCCGGGCUGGUGCUCAACCCUUACCUCCAGCAGCAGCAGCAGCGGCCCAUGUUAGCAAGCCCGGGGCUGCCUUUCCUCGGACACCUCAUGCAAAGUCACCCGCGGUGCUCGUCCAAGGCGGAGGAGCUGGCCGCGGUGGUGACCGAGCACGCCGCAGGUCCUCUCUCACUUUCAGACUUGAGUUUUAGCAGUCCAGCCGGGGGUAACGGCAGCGAGAAGUCGCCCUGCGCUUCCGUCUCGCCACCCAAGCAGAUGCUCCGCUGCAGGGCUCCGUCCCCGGAGAAGAGAGGCCGCUUCAACUUCAGCGAGGACGACUUGUUCGCGGUGCUGUACGGGUACUCGGCGGGCCCGGAGCGAGGCCGUGGCGGUGCUGGCGGAGGCCACGCUAUUUCAGGGGUGAACCUGCCGGACAAAGAAGGUGCAAACAGUCCCAUCAUCCCACUGGACAAGGAUGCUCUGGAUCUUCCUGAGGGUCUGAGCAUCGUACAGGCAUGCUGGGGCAACGUGUCUCACUGCAGCGUGUUCAAUGACGCCGAAAGCAGCGUUCCCAAAGGCACACGUUUCGGACCCUUCCGGGGGAAACUGGUUAACACAAGCGAGAUGAAGACCUACGACGACAACACUCUCAUGUGGGAGGUAUUUGAGAACGGCCGCCUAAGCCACUUUGUGGAUGGCCGUGGCGGCUCAGCCAACUGGAUGUCGCUGGUCAAAUGCGCGCGCUUCGCUGAGGAGCAGAAUCUGGCGGCGGUGCAGGUCAAAGGUCAGAUCUUCUACGAAGCCUGCAAGGAGAUCAAAGGCGAGCAGGAGCUUCUGGUGUGGUACGGAGAUGGCUACGUGCAGUUCUUGGGCAUCCCGCUCACCCUUAGGGGUCCUGAAGAGGACUACGGCACCCAACCUCCCGCUGAAGAUGCCAGUGAGGGUUUCAAAUGUGACCGGUGCGGCAAGGUGUUUGCCUACAAGUACUACCGGGACAAGCACUUGAAAUACACGCGUUGCGUGGACCAGGGUGACCGCAAGUUCCCGUGCCACCUAUGCAGCCGUUCUUUCGAGAAGAGGGAUCGCCUGCGCAUACACAUCCUCCACGUGCAUGAAAAACACCGGCCACACAAGUGCACAGUGUGCGGAAAAAGCUUUUCUCAGUCGUCCAGCCUCAACAAACACAUGCGAGUCCAUUCGGGAGAACGUCCCUACAAGUGUGUCUACUGCAACAAGGCCUUCACUGCCUCCAGCAUUUUGCGCACGCACAUCCGCCAGCACUCUGGAGAGCGGCCCUUCAAGUGCAAGCACUGCGGCAAGGCCUUCGCCUCCCACGCGGCGCACGACAGUCACGUCCGGCGGACUCACGCCCGGGACAAGCCGUUCCCCUGCGACUUGUGCGGGGCUUCCUUCCAGGAGGAGCCUGAGCUCAAGUUCCACGCCAGAAGUCAUAAAAGUAGACAAAUCUUGGACAGCACGAUUCUCAAUCCAGGAACUGGCUCAGCGGAGGAAUCUAUGUUGGACCAUGCAAAAAGUCAAACAAAUGUCAAAAUAAAUUUCCAACCUUACACUGGAAAAACGCCUUUAAAUCCUGAAUAUCGUCCGUGGAACUAAAGCCAAACAAGUUUAUUGUCCUAUUUGUACUCUGACAAGCGUCAAGUUUCUUUUAAAUGGUUUACCAUUGUAACUGUUUAAGAAGAUUUUGCUGUAUUGAGGCACACGAUCAAGCAAACGUGUGCUAAAAUGUUUAUAGUGAUGUGAUCAGUGCUGUAAAUUGUGAACCCAGAUUUGUAUUUCAUGUACGUCAAAGUCUUAUUAUCAUUAUUA